AUGGCAACACCUAGUUUAAAAGUUUUAUCUGCAGAGCAAAUUCAAGCAAAAUAAAGAGUUCAGUAGCUUAACUAAGAACUCAAGAAUGAAACUAUUCAACUUUAACACAAUCUCAUGAAUAAACUUUCUCUUAAGCAAAGAAUUGAGCAGUGUAUGACCUAGAAGUGCUUGGAAUUAUCAAAAUAAUCUGAGGAAAUCAUUAAUGAAGAAAUUACUAAGCGCAAAGAAUAAGAAGCUCAGAAUCCCUCAUACACUUUGGACAAAGCUCAUUAUUUGAGUACUAGAUAUUUCAGUCUAGAUAGGUCAUUAACAGUUGAAAGAGCUGAAACUUGCCUUAAUGAGUGUCAAAGACCCUCAGAGAUCAUUAAGAGAGUGCUGACUUAAAACUUCAAAGAAGUAUAAGAAAACAUUCAGCAUUGCUGCAAAGAUUGUGAAGUUAUUAAUUAGGAAUCUAACUCCAGGGAAAUCAAUUACUAGUGUGUAUCAAAAUGCUUAGAGACAAAUAUAAGUAUUUUAAAGGAUGUAGAUAAGAUUUUAUGCGAUGAAUUUGUCAGCAGAGCUGAUCUGCUUUUCUUCUGA